AUGGAUCAAAAGGUCGCGACGGUGGCGGGCGGGACGGCUCCAGUCCCGAGUUUGCUCCACAGGGAGCGCUCCGUUCAUCAGAUUCUUGGAGGCGGCAAAUUCGCUGACGUAAUGCUCUGGAAGCAGAAGCGCAAGUCCAUUGGCAUUCUGGGAGGCUCCACCUUGGUGUGGUUCGUCUUUGAGUGGUCUGGCUACACGCUCAUCUCGCUCGUCGCCAACAUCGUUCUUUUCCUUUUGAUCGCGCUCUUUGCGUGGGCGAAUCUAGCUGCGCUCGUCAACAGGCCUCUUCCUCCUGUUCCCGAGGUCCAGCUCUCAGACGAGAAAUCUAACAAGAUUGCCAAGCGCGUGGCCAAGGAAGUAAAUGGCGUUCUUAACUACGCACGCUCUUUGUCCACGGGAAAAGAUUUCCCAAUGCUUCUCAAGACUUGUCUCAUGUUGUGGGUUCUCGGCAACGUUGGACAAUGGUUCAGCUUGCUCACGCUCAUCUAUCUCGGUGUUAUUGGAACUCUCACGCUGCCAUUAGCCUAUGAAAGACACGAGGACCAGAUUGAUCAGUUCAUCCAGAAGAUCGUCCAGAAAGCGAGGAACCAGUAUCACAAGCUGGACGAGUGCUGCCUUAGCAAACUUCCCCAGUGUUGCAAAAACUAGAGAUUCACACUUUUAAUUUAAAACGCG